CUGCCAUAGAGCAACUCCCCCCUCCAGCAGCAGCAGAGGAGGCGUGCAGCGUCUCUCCGGUGCCUCUUCUCCACGGAGGACUUAUCACGCCACACUUCCACACUUUCAGCCCCGGACACACCGCUAUGCAGAGGACGGAGCUCGGUUAAUUCUUCCGCGUCCGUCGUGAGCGGCGUUUUUUUGUUUGUUUUUGUUUUUUUUUUAUGUUUUAGGGGUUUUGUUUUUUUUUUUUUUGCACACCGACGCCGAGACACGGACACGGGAGCAGAGUCGGCUACGACGCGGGACAGGAGAAAGUUUGUCAAGCGUGGCGCAAAAAAAAAAAAAAGGGGGCAAAAAACCAAGCCAAAAAAUACACACAGCAAUUGAACAAUGCGGUUGACCCCGACUAAGAUCCUUCCACCGGCCGCCCUCCUCGUCCUGCUGGCCGUCCGCUGGUCCCUCUGCAUUUCAUUGUCGCCGCAAGAGGCGAGCCAGUUCCUGAGCAGACACAGGAGGGCGAAUCAAGUCUUCGAGGAGACGAAGCAAGGGCACUUGGAGAGGGAGUGCGUGGAGGAGAAGUGCAGCAAAGAGGAGGCCAGAGAAGUGUUUGAGAACGACCCGGAGACGGACUACUUCUAUCCCAAGUAUGUAGCCUGCAUGGAUAAGUUUGGAGGUUCUGAAAAGAAAAAGCAGGAUCUGAUCACAUGUGUCCACAAUAUCCCAGACCAGUGCUCUCCCAAUCCCUGCAACGUCAGAGGUAUGGUGCGCUGCGAGGACAAGAAGGGCGACUUCCUGUGUCACUGCUUUACAGGCUGGACAGGAGCCAGAUGUGAGAAAGAUGUCGAUGAGUGCAGCAAGAGAAAUGGAGGGUGUGACCACGAGUGCAACAACACUAUGGGAAGUUACCGCUGCUCCUGUCGCCAAGGCUACGUGUUGGAGGGACGCCACACGUGUAACGAUGUGGACGAGUGUGAGGACAAGAGCGUGUGCGGGACGGCGCGAUGCGAGAACAACCAGGGCGGCUACGACUGCUUGUGCGACGCCGGCUACGUGUACGACAACGAAACCAAGAGCUGCGUCGACGUCGAUGAGUGUGAGGCGGGGGUGUGCGCAGAGGAGUGUCUGAACACUGCAGGUAGUUUCCUUUGCUUCUGUGAUGGUCGUCAGGGCAUGAAGCUGGCGCAGGACCGCAGGAGCUGUAAGCCUAUGACUCCCUGCAUGUCACCGUCCCUGAAGAGGAACGAUCGCUCGCUGUAUCUGGGCCGAAUGUUCAGCGGCGUGCCGGUGGUCAGGCUGCGUUUUCGCCGCAAGGUUCACACAGGAUUUUCAGCAGAAUUCGACUUCCGCACCUACGACAAAGAGGGGGUGAUCUUCUUCGCCGGAGGUCAUCUGAACAGCUCCUGGAUCGUGCUGGCGAUGCACAAAGGGAAGCUGGAGCUGCAGCUGAAGUACGGGACGGUCAGCAGAGUCACGAGCAGCGGACCCAUCGUCAACGACGGCCACUGGAGAAAGAUAUCUGUGGAGGAGCAGGGCCGGAGCCUGGUCAUCAAGAUCGACAGGGAGGCCGUGAUGAAGAUCGCUGUGAACGGUGACCUGUUCACGCUCAACAAGGGGAUGCACGAGCUGAACCUCACCGUGGGGGGGGUCCCCUUCAAAGAGGACGGCCUCGUCAAUCAGGUGAACCCCCGUCUGGACGGCUGCAUGAGGGACUGGAGCUGGCUCACGGGCGAAGACACCUCCAUCCAGGAAACCAUUCGCGCCAACGAGAACAUGCAGUGUUUCAGCUCGGAGGAGCCCGGAGCGUAUUUCCCCGGCACCGGCUUCGCUCUCUUCAACAUCAGCUAUGAAUCACAGAACCUGAGCGUCGCGUUGACCCUGCGUCCGGUUUCCGGCAUCGGGGUUUUGUUUGCUCUCGUUUACCAGGACAGAGUCCCCCUCUCCGUCUCUCUGUCCGACUACAAUCCCCUAACGGACGAGUGGCGAGACUUUGUCCUGGUGUCUGUGGGCAACGUCGUCAUCGCCAGCUCUCCUGUGCCCACGUGCGACGGUCGGAGUCACAAAAUCGAGGUGGUGAUAUCAGGCAACCAGACGCUACUGUCGGUCGACUACGCGCUCGGACGGAGCGAAGACGCAGAAGUUCCUACGGACCUCCUGUCGCAGUCCACCACCUUUAUAGGAGGCCUCCCUGACGUCCCUCUGGUGUCCACGCCGGUGUCGGCUCCCUACAGCGGCUGCAUGGAGGUCAGUGUGAACGGGCAGCGCCUGGACCUGGACCAGGCCGUCCACAAGCACAACGACAUCCGCUCGCACUCCUGCCCCCUGCUGGACUCCUCCAACCAGUGACCGGCGAUUCCACAAAGCAGUUCACUGAGGCAAUGGGAAUGACAUCCAAUAAAAAAAUAAUAAUUAUAUAUAUAUUAAAAAAAAAAUUAAAAAAAGCUCUGGCAAGUUGGGGAGGGAGGAGUUUUAGGAUUAGAUUAUAACUAAAAAAAAAGCAGUUAUCACGGUGCAUUAGCUCAGACGCACCCUCUCGUCCUUUUACUGUUGUCUCACAAUUACGUCCGUCAAUGAGCAACAUCCCCAUGUUCUAAAAAAAAAAAAAAAAAAGGAUGUGGGAGCUGCAUGACAUUGCCUCAAAAACUGCCCAUCGUGUCACAAUCCUCGUAAAAAGGCCGAACCCGGAUCCUGUUUUUAAAAAAAUGCAGAUCGACUGCAGCCUUUUCAGGCAGGGUGGGGGUGACUCCCUUAUAUCCAGCUCACCUAAAGAUCACAUUCACAAAGCUUGAAAUGAUCAAGUUAUAAAUCAAGUGAAAGGAAAAAAAUAUACAUAUAUAUGUUUAUGUAUAGGGACCAGAUAAAUAGUCCUACAUGAGCAGCCCUACUCAGAGAAAAUAUGCCAACAGGUGCUCAGAUUAACCUCGAGUUACCUCGGGUUAUUCGACUGGGGGCUGAUAAAUCGCGUUCGCCCCCAACGAGCUGCAUCCCCCUCCUCCCCCUUCUCCUCCCUCCUCAGGUGGAGGCGUGGUGUUAGGCACGUCUUUGUGUUCAAUACAAAAAGCUUGCACAUCGUCGCAGGCGGUCGCGCGCGCACACGGGGGAAAAAAAAAAAAAAAAAAAAAGCCAUUCAACCCCCCCCUCGACUAAAGAAGCGCAACCGCGUCCGCCUGCGACCUUUAAAAAAACUCAACCAUGUGCCUACUUAAACAACCACCAACGCAAAACUUUGCCGUCAAGCUUCCCUUCCGCUCCCGGACGCCAAGAUGCAGUACUGUAACAACCCGACAAAAAACAAAACACUUAACCCCCAGCGAUCGCCGCCGUUGAAAAGUCACUGUUCAAGAGCUGACUAACACUAACACCAGAUAACGUCUUCUGUCCCUCAAACGUCACAGUCACAGUUAACGGCUGCCAUGAACCAACCUGAUGAUGAUGAUGAUGAUGAUGAUGGUAACGGAUUAGCCACAGAAGCACAGGGAGACAGGAAGCACUGCAUCGACCGCACCACACAAGCUACUGAGAAUAAAAAAAAAAAAAAAAGAGAGAGUGCGCUGUAUUAUACUGAAUAUGUAAAUAAUGUGACUGUACAAUGCUUUAUGAAAAAAGAACAGGAAGCAAAAUACUACCUUAUGUUCCCUGGGAGAUUUCUGCACAUUUGAGUUGAUCCAAAGUUAAAAGAAAAAGUCUCUCAACUUCUUCUUCUUCUUCAUCUGCUAUUUUGUUAUUAUUAUUAUUAUUAUUAUAAUUAUUAUUUUUAUUUUUUUAGUAGAAUGACAAAUCUGUGAUUCCUUUUCCCCCAAAGUGAGAGACCGUCGAGAGCAAUAGCCAGGGAUCAAAGUAGCAACAACCUUUUUAGGGACUUAAUUUUAUUUUCUAGGUGCUUAUUCAAAAACACAAACAAAAACAAAAAGAAGAAUGUCGUCGGAGCGUCUGUGAUUGAGAAUGCCAAAAGGGCUCCAGUGUGGUUUGACUUCCUUUGUAAUGUAUCAUUUUAUAGUUUUCUUGAUGAAUGAAUGCCUGAAAUCUAAGA